GUAUAAAGUAGCAGAUCCCAUCUGCACGUUCCUCUUCUCUGUUCUGGUUCUGGUGACCACAUUCCCGGUCACCAAGGAUGUUCUCAGGAUACUGAUGGAGGGAACUCCCCAGAACAUCAACCUCCUCUCUGUCAGGAAGUCUCUGCUGUCUGUCCACGGAGUCGUGACCGUUUAUGGUUUGCACACCUGGAGCCUGAACAUGAACAAAUCUCUAGUUUCCGUGCACGUUGUCACAGAAGAAGCUGCUGAUUCACACAUUGUCCUCACGAGGGCGACAAAUCUCCUGCGCUCCAAGUUUGGUUUUUCCAGCGUCACCAUCCAGGUGGAGCACAGCAGUUCUACAGUUAAUGGAGUCAGAACCAUGACUGUGGAGUCGGACUAAAGGAAAACUGAGGAAGUGGAGGCAAAAAAAAA